AUGUUCUGUGAUAUUAUACCUAUCACUAUAAUUACAUCAGUUUAUAAACUAUUCGGUCAGCAAUUAAUUAAUGAUGAUCAAUUUUUAUCCACUGUCGCUACACUGUCAUCCAUCUUUAAUGCUGGAGGUCGUGUUGCUUGGGGUGGGGCUGUUGAUCGAUUAUCCUUCAAGAUACCAAUGUCAAUCAUGCAUACAAUCUGGGCAGUAGUGCUUCUGAGUUUCCCACAUAUUGGAGGACUGACUGGUGAUUCACUGAAAGCCGUUUACGCUAUCUGGGUAUUUGUUCUGUACUUUUCAUUGAGUGGCGUCUUCACCAUUCAACCUGCAGCUACUGGGGUUCUUUUUGGACCUUUAAAUAUGGCGGUGAAUUAUGGCUGUGUAUUCAGUGCAUUUGCCUGGUCGCAACGUUCUUUAUUGAAGACAGGAAAAUAUCCCCACGUUGCAGAACUUACAAUUGCUGUGCUGCUACAUGUCCUACUUUACGUGUUGGGUACUGCGACCCUGAUGCUGCUGAAGUGAUUUUGGAAGAUGAAGAGUGAUUGCAAUGAAGGGGAGUAGAGAUAAAACUGACAACAAGU